CCAGGAGAUUAAAAUGAUGCAUCAAUUUUUGAAAAUAGAAAGACCAUGAUGCAAUUCUUAUCACGCUCACAGUGAGGUGUUGAUCUUGUCUAGGUAUAGAGGGCCAGAGGGAAGAGGGGCAGGCCGUGAAUUCUGCUUCAAGUAAGAAAAGGACUGGAGGAUCUUUGAACGAAUACCUUCACUGUGAACAGAUUAAAAUAGUUUUCGAAAAUUCCUAGAAAGUGAAGGCAUUGAUAAUUAAUCUCGCGGGAAUCGACAUUCUCAAUACAGACUAAAUUACAACCGUUUAAUUCAAUAAACUGAGGGAAUGUGCGAAAGAAUCCAUAGAAGACUCGUAAGAGUGGCUUGAAAGUCGUCUUGGGUUUUGUCGUUUACUUGAGAGCACUGACCGUCGAAGGUACCGACAGACAUCAGGAUGCCUUUUGGAGGGUUUCAGAACUUAAAAGAUAGGGUGUUGCAGCCAUCAAAAGAAGCGGCCCAUUUCGCUGUUUCGUCAUUGAAAGGUCUUACAAAACGCAAAAACGACCAGAAUUCUUUCGUGAAGUAUGACGAGUUGGAUGAAGAAUACACAUACGAUGAACAGCCGGUGGAGGCGUCUGAGCCUGAGAAGGCUAACUGCUGCACAGCGUGUUGUGACCCUAGGUCUCCCUGCCCAUGCGGCUGUGCCAAACGCUACACCAUGGCUAUCUGCGCGGGCGUUGGAUUCAUGAUCUCUUUUGGAAUUCGGUGCAAUUUUGGGGUAGCUAUUAUACAGAUGACCAACAAUGCCACGUGGCAUCUCGGAGGAGUUGAGCAGUUUAGACCGCCAGAAUUUGAGUGGUCUAAUACAGUGAUCGGGCUGAUCGACAGCUCCUUCUUCUGGGGAUAUAUAGUGACGCAGAUUCCAGGAGGGUACCUUGCUUCAAGGCUACCUGCCAACAGAGUGUUUGGGUUUGCAAUAGGGAUAUCUUCCUUCCUGAACCUGCUCCUCCCAGGUGCUUGUAAGGUCCACUAUGGCCUGGUUAUCGCUGUUAGGAUUCUACAGGGUCUAGUUGAGGGUGUCACUUAUCCCGCCUGUCACGGUAUAUGGAGACACUGGGCUCCGCCAAUGGAGCGGUCAAGGCUGGCCACUCUAGCAUUUUGUGGUUCAUAUGCGGGCGCCGUGAUUAGUAUGCCACUGUCAGGGAUACUUACAGACUACCUGGGCUGGCCAGCAUGUUUUUACUUUUACGGUGCGUUUGGGCUGAUUUGGCUGGUAACAUGGAUGUUUCUGUCUUUUGAAAAGCCGUCUACUCAUCCCCGUAUUACUAAAGAGGAACGGGAUUAUAUUGAGUCUUCUAUAGGCGAGGCAGAUACGUUGGUCAUUAGGAACGCAAAGACGCCUUGGAAAGGCAUGUUUACGUCCAUGCCUGUUUACGCAAUAAUCGUUGCCAACUUUGCUCGAAGCUGGGCAUUUUACCUUCUCAUCACCAGCCAGCCAUCUUAUUUCGCGCAAGUACUACAUUUUGAUAUAUCAAAGAGCGGCAUCCUGUCGGCUCUGCCUCACUUGGUGAUGACCAUCAUUGUACCGCUAGGGGGACAGCUGGCUGACUUCUUACGGUCAAGAAAAUAUCUUAGUACAACAGCUGUCAGGAAAAUUUUCAACUGCGGAGGUUUCGGUUUGGAAGGGCUUUUCCUUCUGGGUGUUGGCUAUACACGUGACCCAACGACAGCGAUAAUCUGUUUAACUAUAGCCGUAGGCUGUAGCGGCUUUGCGAUAUCAGGUUUCAACAUCAAUCACCUUGACAUCGCGCCCCGUUAUGCUAGUAUUCUUAUGGGCCUCUCAAAUGGAGUGGGGACGUUAGCCGGGAUGCUUUGCCCUAUUACUGUGGAACUUGUCACCAAGGACAAGACUGCUAAAUCUUGGGAAUACGUGUUCUUGACUGCCAGCUUAGUUCAUUUUGCUGGUAUAACCUUUUACGGCAUAUUCGCCUCUGGGGAAAGACAACCGUGGGCUGAUCCACCGCAUGAUGGUUUCUCUGAGUGGAAGCCAGAUAUGGAUAACCCCAUCCAACCGCACAAAUCCAUGUCGUAUGGGACCCUUACCUCUGAUGGACCGAUAUUCCCAACUAAAGAAGAGUUUGUUCAAGUUGAUGCUAAAGACAGAUAUCUAAAUGGUGACGCCGAAGACAGAAGUUUAGAGUGAAGUUUGAGUCUAAUCACGUGUAGCAAAAAUGUCUCAGUAUCCGCACAAUAUUGACUGUAUUAACGUUGUGUUGUUUAAAUGAUAUACAUAAUAGUAUAAAGGAUACCUUUCGGGUUAGCUGCAAUCUUGGUGUUUCGAAUUAUAUCCCAUUAUAGACAUAAUGUAAGUAUUCACUUUACAACUUCUUGCUAUAAACAUAGAGACGGAAAUUAAGCACAUCAACAGUCAUACGCUUUUACUUGUUUAGGCUCUUGAUUUUCAACUCUACUAGACAUAAGGUCUU